UUCAAGGACUCAUUUUCGUAGAAAAAGAAGGGACAGUGACUUGACGUCACGUGGGGAGUUGGCCAAGGCCUUUGUGAACUGCUUCAACUGCUGGGAAACAAACUACUCAUCACUUAGUAGUUUAGUUCGUAAUUGUAGUCUGGGUUUAGUUUUAUAAAGAGUGGGUUUAAAAGUUUGACUGAUAAUGUGUUAGGCUUUCUAAGGACCUAGGGAAUGUGCUGCACUGAAUACAGGUAAGCCAGCCAAAGUACUUUGGUUAACUGCAGUUACGCAGGCUGUUCUACCUGCGUAACUGACUUGGUCUUCAGUAGCGGCUAUAUUCUCAAGUAUGAGCUCAAAAGGAAGAAGCAACAUUAAUGCUUCAGGUAAAGGAACAAAAGGCUAUCCAAAGGAAUCUAUUUUAACAGAAAUACAGUCAGUAACAGCGAGACCAAAGAGCUCAUUGACUGCGUAGCUUCAAUAGCAUUCAGCGGUAGCCAGCCUCCACUCAUCGUUUUUACAAAAAACAACCAUCAAGAGGAAGACACCUGAUGGAGGAAACAGAAGAAAAAAAUUAGUGGCAUUAAGAACAGAGAGUGUAUUAAGUAUUAAUGGAUGACAUUUAUGCUCUCUAAUUAGAUUUCAUCAUCUACUUAUUCCUCAACAGGAAAAAUAAUCUAUGAGAUCGGUUGUUUGCUGUGGGAAUUAUUAUGCACUUUAGGAUGAUUCUGAUUUCAGACCUGCAGCUGUCGUCUCUUGUGUCCUCUGGGUCAAGCUCUCUCGCUCUUGCCAAGGAAAAUCAAGAGGAAAAGGAAUGAAGAAAAUGAGCAACAUCUAUGAGUCAGCAGCCAAUACCCUGGGAAUCUUUAACAGCCCAUGUCUGACGAAAGUGGAGCUGCGGGUUGCCUGCAAAGGCAUAUCAGACAGGGAUGCCCUCUCAAAACCAGACCCUUGUGUCAUCCUUAAAAUGCAGUCACAUGGUCAGUGGUUUGAGGUUGACAGGACAGAGGUGAUUCGAACCUGUAUAAAUCCCGUCUUCUCUAAGCUUUUCACGGUGGACUUCUAUUUUGAAGAGGUGCAGCGGCUGCGAUUUGAAGUCCAUGACAUUAGCAGCAAUCACAAUGGGCUGAAGGAAGCAGAUUUUCUUGGUGGCAUGGAAUGCACUCUUGGACAAAUUGUUUCUCAGAGGAAACUCUCCAAGUCCUUACUCAAACAUGGGAACACAGCAGGGAAGUCAUCCAUAACAGUGAUAGCUGAGGAAUUGUCUGGCAAUGAUGACUAUGUUGAACUUUCAUUCAGUGCACGGAAAUUGGAUGAUAAGGAUUUUUUCAGCAAAUCUGAUCCUUUUCUGGAGAUUUUCCGGAUGAAUGAUGAUGCAACCCAACAACUUGUUCACAGGACUGAGGUUGUGAUGAAUAACUUAAAUCCCGCCUGGAAGACCUUUAAAGUGUCUGUAAAUUCUCUGUGCAGUGGAGACCAGGACCGCAGGCUAAAGUGCAUAGUUUGGGACUGGGAUUCCAAUGGAAAACAUGACUUCAUUGGAGAAUUUAACUCAACUUUCAAGGAAAUGCGAGGAGCUAUGGAAGGGAGACAGGUACAAUGGGAAUGCAUUAACCCCAAGUACAAAGCAAAGAAGAAGAGUUACAAGAACUCAGGCAUUGUCAUCCUUAACCAGUGCAAGAUCCACAAGAUGCAUUCUUUCUUAGAUUAUAUAAUGGGAGGCUGCCAAAUACAGUUUACAGUAGCUAUAGAUUUCACUGCGUCAAAUGGUGAUCCUAGGAACAGCUGCUCACUGCACUACAUCCACCCCUACCAGCCCAAUGAGUACUUGAAAGCUUUGGUAGCUGUUGGGGAGAUUUGCCAAGACUAUGACAGUGACAAAAUGUUCCCAGCCUUUGGAUUUGGAGCAAGGAUACCCCCAGAAUACAAAGUCUCUCAUGAUUUUGCAAUCAAUUUCAAUGAAGACAACCCAGAAUGUGCAGGAAUACAAGGUGUUGUGGAGGCUUAUCAGAGCUGCCUUCCGAAGCUGCAGCUGUAUGGGCCAACAAACAUUGCUCCCAUCAUCCAGAAGGUGGCAAAAUCAGCAUCGGAGGAGACCAACACCAAGGAAGCCUCGCAAUAUUUCAUCUUGCUCAUUCUCACGGAUGGCGUCAUCACAGACAUGGCUGACACCAGGGAGGCCAUUGUCCAUGCCUCUCACCUUCCCAUGUCAGUCAUCAUCGUCGGGGUGGGAAAUGCUGAUUUUAGUGACAUGCAGAUGCUGGAUGGCGAUGACGGGAUCCUGAGGUCUCCCAAGGGCGAGCCUGUGCUUCGAGACAUUGUCCAGUUUGUGCCAUUUAGGAACUUCAAACAUGCCUCCCCAGCUGCUCUAGCAAAAAGCGUUUUGGCUGAAGUUCCAAACCAAGUCGUGGACUAUUACAAUGGCAAAGGGAUAAAACCAAAAUGUGUGUCAGAGUACGAGUCUUCCAGGACACUAGCUCCAUGAACCUGCCUGCACUCUUUUACAAAAUUAAAAAAAAAGAGAGAGAAAUGCUACUGUCUACAACUACUGUACUUAAAAAUGAAACAAACAAAAAGAAUAGCACGUUUUGGUGAUUUUUAACUAAAAUAACCUUUUUUUUUGUUUUUGUUUUUUGCAUGUGUAGCCCAAAGGCUUAAAUCUGUUAAGCGGUUGUAUUGUUGAAAACUUUUUAUGAGGAAAAAACAUCCAGAAAAAAAAAAAAGCGAACUCUUUACAUUACAGCAUGUCACCUUGAAAUAAAAAGUUAUCUGUAUCUGUUUUUUAUACAGGUUUGUUGAAAUUUUGCUAAAUUUCUUAUCUUUACACUAUAAAGCAUUUUGAAAUAUUUACUGAGAGUCGAUAGCCAAAAUGUGUUUGGUUUAAUCUGCUAUGAACUGAGAGAUUUUUCAAAAUGGCAGAUGCAUGAACUGUAUUUUGCAUGUUUAAAAUAAAAACAACACAGUUUUGCA